AUGCGCGAGAUGAUGGAGAUGGAAAUCAAUGGAAAACUCAGAUGUUGUACCGGUUCAGAUGUCUCGAAAAGGAGGAGAAUUUUGGAAUCUGCUGAUAGUCCACAACAUGGAGCCAUUAGUAAUACUGAGUUCCUGAUUGAAGUUGUGUGCAGGCUCCCAAUUAAGAUAGUUAUCCGAUGCAAAAGUAUCUCAAAACAGUGGCUUUCUCUAAUCUCGGAUCCUUCUUUUGCCCGCUUCUAUAACAUCAUCUCUCUAGGCUGGCAAGCCUCUGCUUUCUCGGGCUCGGUUUUGCGCCGCCCUCCGUGGGUCUUUAUUUUCAACAAAAUGAGUGCUGAAGGUUGUGGGAUGACCCAUUUUUGGGAGGAAAAAGUAAUGGAUAUUAUGUAUCCUUUUCCAAACUCCCCUUCCCCUAAUUAUUGUGUACUUCCCAUUCCGAAAUCUCAGCAGCAGCAAGGUAAGAAGGGGAGAAUGUAUGACAUCCAAGCCAUUCACGAGGGGCUUGUGCUGUACAAGUGGAAUGUUCGUAAGGGCAUAGAUGAGCUGUACAUCUGCAAUCCCAUGACCAACCAGUGGUUUCGACUUCCUCGACCACCCAAAUAUAUCACAAACGCAAAUGUCAGCUAUGGUUUCAUCGCACGGGUCGAAGCCGGAAUCUUAACCAGCUACAGGGUCGUGCUCGUCCGUUGUUAUCCCCAGAAACAAUUUUUUAUCGAGUUCGUGGUGUUCUGUUCUGAAUCUGGGAAAUGGGUAGAAUAUACCGUUCACUCCACGCGUGCAGUUCAGGUUUCUUAUAUCAACAAGACUGUGUUCCUCAACGGGCAACUGCACUGGGAUGAUUGUGAGGUUGGGCUUAUAGCAUACGAUCCUUAUACGAGCCCUGAUGAAAUGCGCUUGAUAGAUUUCCCCAAGGAUCGAUACAGGGGUUAUUAUAGACACACCGCGAACUACAACUCGUGUGGCGUCCACCAAGGGCUUAUCAAGUAUUUUGAAGUUGUCGAUCCAUACGGUGGUCUGAGCGGCUUCUCGCAGCUCAAGAUAUGGGUGCUGGAGGACUAUGAUAUGGGUGGAUGGUGUUUGCAGCAUAUGGUUGCGUAUGAAGAUAUUUGGAUUGCCGGCCGUUGGUAUGGCCGACAAACGGGUGCGGACCUCGUUUGUUUCGAUCCGUAUGAUGUGGAGAUAGUGUAUUUGAGGUGGUGCAGGGAGUUGGUCUCGUACGACAUGCGGACGAGGGAGCUGAGAGCGCUGGGCCUUCCUCAUGAACCAGAGAAGAGUGAUAAGUUCAUGCUUAAUGCGUUCUAUCUAUGCUUCCCACUUGUGCUCCCGCCAUGGCCUAUUUCUAUUCCUACCUCUCUAAUACCAAAGAUACAGGGAGACUAUCAAUAUCAUUGUUAA